UCCAAAAUGUUUCUCGGCCGCGGAGGUGACUGACUGACUGGGUAGAAAAGACUUUCACUUUCAGCGGAUCUUUGUACUCUUCGCUGCUCCCCAACAUAUCUGGGUAUUUUCGCUCCUCGUCUCUGGGCUCUCUCGCCGUUGGUCUUUCCCAAUUGACUAGCAAAUGAGUCGCCAACCUGAAGUUCUCUGGGCUCAGCGUUCUGACAAGGUUUAUCUUACUGUUGCUCUACCUGAUGCCAAGGAUGUUUCUGUUAAGUGUGAGCCUCAGGGUUUAUUUAGCUUCUCUGCUAAAGGAGUUCAAGGUGAAUCCUACAAGUUCGGCUUGGAACUUUAUGGACCAAUCGUAGCUGAGGGUUGUAAAACUAAAUCUGGCUUGAGAAACAUACUGUGCUCAAUUCAAAAAGAACAGAAAGGAUGGUGGAAAAGGCUGCUAAAAUCUGAAGAGAAACCUGCACCGUACCUGAAGGUUGAUUGGAACAGAUGGUGCGAUGAAGAUGAUGAAGAGUCAGCAUCUGACGAGGAAUCUUAUGAUGAUGCCCGGUUUGUGGGUCAAGAUGAUGGAAGCAGUGAUGAUGAAGGGAUGUUGUAUCUCCCUGACUUGGAAAAGGCAAGAGGAUAGGAACUCCAGCGAAAUUUAGGAAGAGAAGCAUUUCGGUCCUUCGGAGACGGAUUUUAUGGAACUGCUGCUUGUAUUGGAGACACUGCGGUAGUCUACCUGAUAGGGGUCCACUGUGAUCGACUUUAUAUCUUGUACAUAGAAUCUGAUCGAUGGGCAGAAAAUUGAGACAUCCUUGUGUGUGCCGUGCACUAGACCGCGAGUGCAUGUUCUAAUCAAGGUUUCUUUAUUUUUGCGGAUUACACGCUCUUUGAUGAUUGUAAAAAUUUACGUUGGUAUGAUUUGCAUUAUGGGCAUGCUAUUCUAGACUCC